AGCUUGCAUGCUGCUUCCCACCGCUCUCUAGUUGCGCAUCAGCAAUUCAGGCUGAAAUUCUUCAAAUGAACACUGUGAGUAAUAUUUUCUGUCAGUGUCACUGUCAGCUGGAGGUACUUGUACCUGACGGCGCAAUGGCGGUGGCCUCCUGUUCCUCCCCCUUGUGUGCUCGCCUUCUCCCCUCCCCCCUCUGCCGCUCCGCUUCGUCUACCUCUAGCUCAUUCUUCAAUGGCCUCCACAUUGCCCUGUCCCCGUACCCCCGUCACACAGCGGGCCACCGUCUGACGAUCAGGGCCGCCUCACAAAAAGCAUCAGAGCCCUCAGAGGACCUCAUGACAAAGAAGUUCCAGAUUCCUGGUUUCCGAUUGCUGCGAAAAUCCUCAAACCCUGAGACAACAGAUGCCACCAGUGCGGAGACGUCAGGUGUCAGCAGGAGACAGGCGAUGGUCGGGGCAGUUGCAGGGGCGCUAGCCGCAGCUGGGGCAGGUCUCGGGGCCAGUCAGGCGGAUGCAGACGAGGCUGGUGAUUUCGUAACUUCGCCGUCAGGAUUAGGGUUCAAGGAAACUAGCGAGGGCGCGGGUGCGGAGCCGGUGAAAGGGCAGCUCAUUAAAGCGCACUACACUGGCCGGUUGGAGUCCAACGGCAAGGUGUUUGAUUCCAGCUACACCCGGGGGAAGCCGCUUACGUUCAGGAUUGGGGCUGGAGAGGUAAUCAAAGGCUGGGACCAAGGUAUCCUGGGGGCAGAGGGCAUCCCCGCCAUGAAAGCAGGGGGUAAGCGCGUGUUGAGGAUUCCUGCAGCGCUCGGGUACGGCGCCAGGGGGGCUGGUUGUAGAGGAGGCAAUUGCGUCAUCCCACCCAACUCUACCUUGAUCUUCGACGUCGAGUUUCUAGGAAAGGCCAGCGGGUAGAUCAGUCCGCCUUUAGUCUAGAAGGAACAGGUUCUUGUAUUCCGGUCAAUUAUGAGAAUUCUGGAGGAACACCUGGGCUGGUCUGCCCAAGAAUAUGACAGUAGAAGCUGAUUCUGAUCAGAUGGAACCCAAGCAAGCGGACGCUUUUGGUGCUUCGGUAUCAUCUGUACAAACCUGAGCAUUUCAACCUGUGUGUUGCCAGUCGUGGUGGGUUUGCCAGGUUGAUCGAUGAUCAGCAAGCAAUCCGGCUAAGUCAAACCUGACAGUGAGGCGUGACGCCGCCGUCUACGCGUGUUGCUUGUUUAGUUAUACCGAUCGGUGCACAAAGAACAUGGGACGGUUUGCUCAUGUUGCAUGAUCGAGUCGAGCGCGA